AGCAGUCACGAACACACAGGAAACCUUAAAGAACACUCUUGCAUUCAUCGCACCUGGUCGCGAAACAGCAGGAUUUCCUUUGUCUUCUUCUCCUGAUUUCAACUAAAUCGAAUACGACACCUAUUUGCCAUGAACCCUGAAGAACGGGAAAAGCAAGAGAAGACGCUCGCAAAGCUGCAAUGGCUGAGCGAGCGAGUUAAGCCAGACUUCAAGGGCAACCCUUCUCCCUUUGAAACAAAGAAGACACUCCGAUCCGUGGAGCAAGCGAAGAAGGCGAAGGCACGGACGCUCGCUGGAGAUACGGAUUUCCUUCCUUUCUGGCACGGCACUGCGCCGCUCGCUUUGGACGCCACGCGAAGCAACUACAUUACAUGCGACGCCGUCCCGCCGUGUUCACGGAGCGGAGCACAACCGCCCGCCUACGGCGCACAGGCUGUGGACCCCGUCACCGGCUUAACAGAGAUACAGCUGGCGCUUAGUUGGAGUAUUCCGCACGUACCACCGCCGGAGACUCCACGCACCUCUUAUGAAGCACCCGCAAAGGUGACGCGUGACGCGUCGUACAUGCGAAGUCUAACUCCAGACGAGCGAGCGGCGGCGUAUCGACAGCACAUUUUAGAGCACCCAAAGUGCACGUUAGAGAGCUCUCGGAUGCACAAUGACCGAUGGAUGAGUUCCACCCAGCUGGGGGAACCGGUGGCCAAACCGAAACGUGCGCAUCGCAACACUGCGCUUGACCGGCAAAACUCUGUUCGUGCCGUGUAUCUCAUGCGCAGCUCAUAG